AUGCAGACAGAAGUCUCGCUGCUGCGAUCAUUGUUAGAAGAUGAGCGGUUCAAGGUUGAACGCCUGGAGGAGCAGCUGAACGACCUCACAGAGCUUCAUCAGCAUGAGAUGCUGAACUUUAAGCAGGACUUGACAUCCAUGGAGGAGAAGAUUGAGUACAGACUGGAUGAGAGGACCACAGAUCUGAGUGAUUUGGUGGACAAUGCGUCAACAAGAAUCUCCAGACUAGAACAACAACAACAGCAACAGCAAAUAUUGUCCAUGGAGAUGGUGGAGAAUGCAACAUUCCGCACAAUCAUCUCAAAGCUGAUCAAUGUGGUGCUAGCAAUCCUUGCUGUUAUGAGUGAUAUACUAUACUGUUAUGAGUGA